GCUCCAGACUGGCCGGUUCUCCGUUUCUUCUCUCUCAAGCUUUUGUGUCUGUGCCUGGGAGCUGCAAGGAGGGUGCACUGGGGAAGGAGGAGGGGUGCCUAGGGUGAGAGCACCCCCUUCAAGUGCGCGUGCACACACGUUGCCGGCGCACGCACACACAGGCGGACACACACUUCAGACACGCACACGCGCGCGCGCGCACACACACACAUACACACACACACACGCACACACACGCACAAAGCUCUCUCGCCUUGAGCGCACUAACGUGGCCGCUUUCUUUGUGUGGAGCCCUCGAGUGGGGUUGGGACCCCGGUCCUGUCCCGGGGAGAUGGCGCAGCCCAUCUUGGGCCAUGGGAGCUUACAGCCCGCUUCAGCUGCUGGUUUGACAUCCCUAGAGCUUGACUCAUCGAUGGACCAGUAUGUGCAGAUUCGUAUCUUCAAAAUCAUCGUGAUUGGGGACUCCAACGUGGGCAAGACUUGCCUGACCUUCCGCUUCUGCGGGGGUACUUUCCCAGACAAGACUGAGGCCACUAUCGGUGUGGACUUCAGGGAGAAGACCGUGGAAAUCGAGGGCGAGAAGAUCAAGGUUCAGGUGUGGGACACAGCAGGACAGGAACGCUUCCGUAAAAGCAUGGUCGAGCACUACUACCGCAAUGUGCAUGCUGUGGUCUUUGUCUAUGACGUCACCAAGAUGACCUCCUUUACCAACUUAAAAAUGUGGAUCCAAGAAUGCAACGGGCAUGCUGUGCCCGCACUAGUCCCAAAGGUGCUUGUGGGUAACAAGUGUGACUUGAGGGAACAGAUCCAGGUACCCUCCAACUUAGCCCUGAAAUUUGCUGAUGCCCACAACAUGCUCUUGUUUGAGACAUCAGCCAAGGACCCCAAAGAAAGCCAGAACGUGGAGUCAAUUUUCAUGUGCCUGGCUUGCCGGCUGAAGGCCCAGAAAUCCCUGUUGUAUCGUGAUGCUGAGAGGCAGCAAGGCAAGGUGCAGAAACUGGAGUUCCCACAGGAAGCUAACAGUAAAGCUUCCUGUCCUUGUUGAAACCAAAUGGUGUAAAUACAAGAGAAUCAGCACUGGAGUUUUUUCUUUCCCCUUUUUCUGUGCCUGCAUAAUGCUGACACCUGCUUGUUUCCAUACAAACUGAUAGCAAAAUAAACUUUGUAUAGAUUA